CAGUCCCAUGUGUUGUAUAGAAGUGAACCAGGAGAUGGGGAGGUUGCUUACCAUUUUUUUCGCCCCUACCGAAAUGAACUUUCACGUAUGCAAUUCUGUGUGGACUUGUUUUUAGAUUGUAUCUAAACAGCUUCCAGGAAGGAAAUACAUCGUAUUGGUUAUGAGUAUUUCUUCAUGAGUGCAGCAUAUAUUAUUUUUGCACUGCUGUAUUGGGAAGACGCUCCCGCUGAAGGUGCUUAUGCAGUAAAUCUUACAAUGAGAGAGUGCGUCGUAUGCGUCUGGGCAUGUAUCCUGCUGCAAAUGUUACCAACAUGUCGCGGGGAGGAGGUGGAAGACGUCAGUACUGUUGUGAAUCCCUGUUGCUAUUACCCCUGUCAGAACUGGGGUGUGUGUGUCAGGUUUGGCAUUGACCGCUAUGAAUGUGACUGCACUCGUACCGGCUUCUAUGGACAGAAUUGCACUAUCCCUGAGUUCUGGACGAGAGUCCACCAACAGCUGAAGCCGAGCCCUGACGUGGUCCACUACAUCCUCACACACUUCCACUGGCUGUGGAACCUCAUCAACAGGACCUUCAUGCGGGACUGGCUCAUGAGGGUGGUGCUCACAGUCAGAUCCAACCUUAUUCCGAGUCCUCCUACCUUCAACUCCAAGUAUGGAUACCUCAGCUGGGAGUCCUACUCCAAUGUUUCCUAUUACACCCGUAUCCUACCCCCUGUGCCAGAAGACUGCCCCACCCCUAUGGGUACCAAAGGAAAGUCUGUCCUCCCAGACCCAAAGCUGGUGGUGGAGAAGUUUCUUCUGAGGAGGCAAUUCAGGCGGGAUCCAAGGGGAACCAACCUAAUGUUUGCUUUCUUCGCUCAGCACUUCACCCAUCAGUUCUUCAAGACCCGAAACAGUAUGGGCUUGGGCUUUACCAGGGCUCUGGGGCAUGGGGUGGAUGCCGGCAAUGUCUACGGAGAUAAUCUGGUGCGUCAACUGAACCUCCGGCUUCUUAAAGACGGAAAGAUGAAAUAUCAGGUGGUUAAAGGUGAGGUGUACCCUCCUACGGUGGCUGAGGCGGAGGUGAAUAUGAGAUACCCUCAAGAGACUCCCGUGGGGCAGCGUAUGGCCAUCGGGCAGGAGGUGUUUGGGCUGUUGCCAGGCCUCACCAUGUAUGCCACCCUGUGGCUGAGAGAACACAACCGCGUCUGUGACAUCCUGAAGGCAGAGCACCCCACCUGGGGGGACGAGCAGCUCUUCCAGACCGCCAGGCUCAUCGUAAUAGGUGAGACCAUCCGGAUAGUGAUCGAGGAGUACGUGCAGCACCUGAGUGGCUACCUGUUGGAUCUGAAGUUUGACCCAGUCCUGCUCUUCAAGUCCACGUUCCAGUACAGGAACCGCAUCGCUGUGGAGUUCAAACAGCUGUACCACUGGCACCCCCUGAUGCCAGACAGCUUCCACAUAGACGGAGACGUGGUGCCCUACUCCCAGUUCAUCUUCAACACCUCCAUCGUCACACACUACGGGGUGGAGAAACUGGUGGACGCUUUCUCCCGCCAGUGUGCUGGACAGAUAGGAGGAGGUCGGAACAUCCACCCAGUGGUGACCAAUGUGGCCGAGGGGGUUAUUGAAGAGUCCAGGACUCUGCGUCUCCAACCCUUCAACGAGUACAGGAAGAGGUUCAACCUGAAGCCCUACACAUCUUUCUCUGACUUCACUGGUGAGGAGGAGAUAGCCAGGGAGCUGGAGGAGCUCUAUGGUGACAUCGAUGCGCUGGAGUUCUACCCCGCCAUCAUGCUGGAGAAGACACGCCCCAAUGCCAUAUUUGGUGAGAGCAUGGUGGAGAUGGGGGCUCCGUUCUCCCUGAAAGGCCUUCUGGGUAACCCCAUCUGUUCCCCUGAGUACUGGAAGCCCAGCACAUUUGGAGGCCAGACAGGCUUUGAUAUAGUCAACUCGGCCUCGCUGGAGAGACUGGUGUGUCUGAACACUAAUUGGUGUCCAUACGUAGCCUUCAAUGUCCCUCCAGCCGGGCAGGAGGAGCCGCCAAGGAAACAGUCCACUGAACUGUAAGCCAUUGUGAUUACUGUAUCCAUGGUUACGGUAGUUUUUUUUUAUGGUCUCACCGUAGUGCCCAUGUCCACCUACAAUGCCUAUACUGUAUACUACAUUUACAAUGCAUAGGCUGCAUUUAUGAAUCAUUCCCAUGUUGCUUAUGUCCUAUGUACAGGUGACUGACAAAAUAAAGGAAACGCUUGAAUAAAUGAGGAAGACGAGUAUGUUGAAAGCAGUGUGGUUUCGGAGUUAAUGAACCCCCUAAGGUCAAUGUCCGCACCCCAGUGGAAAUAUAAUCCCCAUAAUAAAAUAACUCCCAGAAAAUCAGUCAAUU